GUUACUGCGAAUCAGCUAUGCUGCCAGAGUUGAUCCCGCUGGUUUAGCCGGCAACAAUGUGUGUUUUACUUCUGUGGUAUUUAUCUACAGACGCAGUUACUAGCUUUAAACCACACAGCAUUUCAUACAGUGUUGUCAAUGGAUUUACGUGUUGGACAAGAUAUGGAAGCUGGAUUGAGCUGACUUAGGAUCAUGUGGAGUGGCGGAAAUAAUUUGCGUUAUCUUGUUUACUUACAUUUGGUGCGGAGAACCGUUUUUCGAGAAGUGUGUGUACUUUUACAGCUGUGCAGUCUGCGUGGGGAGACAGUAGCUGACCGGGCUUAUUUCCAUUAUUGUGAAAAGGUUUACCCAGCGUACCCCUUCGACCUGCUUUUGUUUGGUUUUCUAUUUUAAACCGUUACUACAAACUCUUGACCACUGGUGUGUCUAAACCCACCAUUUUAUGACCAUAUUGGCAGGCUCACAAAAGAAUACUUAGUUCUCUCCAGUUAUAUCAUAGGAAUCUUUUAACAUCUACAUUCACCAGAUUACCAGCUGUCCUCACUAGGGUAUUACCUGGUUUUCCUCAGUAACUACGAACAGACUUUUGUCGCAGUAUUUAUAGAUUGUAACUAAUAGAUUAUUCAGUAAAUCAAGUUUUUAUAAAGAUAGAUUUAUUAAUAAAAAAUUCGUGUACAAAUAAAUAUUUAAUUUAAAAUCUGAAGCUGCUGUGUUACUGACAGUUUUUCUCGCCAUGACUGAGUAACUUAAGGGAAAAAUCAAUAACCGGAAACAUGAAAUAAAACGAGAAUUUCCUGACCAGCUGAGCGACUAUUAGAUUUUCAGGGACUCUACUCUAUGGAGUUAGUUACGUAUCCGUAUACUAGUCAGUUCCUUCGUAAUUUUCUUUUAUAUGGUACCGAGGUAGAAAUAAGGGAGGAGCUUUUAAGGUAUAGGUCAUGCUAUUUUGGAAAUGCUGCAAAAGCAUAAGCCACAGCUGUACUGCGGAAAAACCACUUCUUCUGUCUAAUCCAAGCCUACACUGUUAUGACUAGGCUACCCAAGGCAUCAUAUUUUAUGUUUUUCCUCAGGUAAAGCCCAGGACCAGUAGUGUUGAGUUUGCGACCUCUUCAAGAACAUCGUCUUCCAUUCGGCAUUCAGUUAUUAUCGCCAAUGUCUGGUCUCAGUUUCGUCUGAAAUAAUUGGACUUCAGAAUAAUAAACUCAACAGGCCUUAAACUAAUAAGAGUACAAAAUUCUUCAUAAUAUAAUGGACCGUGUGUUGAAACUUGAUAAAAAUGCAAAACGUGAAGAGGUAGCAAAGUCGUUUACUAAUUGCGUUGCAAGACCUGGAGGAUCACAAACAACGAUAUGCGUUCCUGUGCCGAAAAACUGCACUGUGGUGGAUUUACAGAUCGACACUAACCUGUCUGUUCCAUGUUUCAAGACUGCAGCAUUUUUCAGCCACUGUAGCAUUCUCUUCUGCAUUUUCAGUAUCUUGUCUCUGGUUCUAUUGGUGAGAUACCAGGAUUCAGAACUUACCGUGAUGGAACAGAAUAUCAUGGCUCUGAAACAGCAAGUAGAGAUUCUGGCAGAGAAAUCAGGCAGUUUAAACCAGGAAGUUGACGCUCUGCAGAGCACAGUGAGAAGUCUGACAUAUAAAUAUCGCAGUAUCGUGGGAAAUACAACAUUUGUAAAUGUGACAGACAUGAUUAACAGAUCUAUGUACUCAGGUGUUGAACAUUCUAAUUUUUUACCCACUUCUACAGUUUCAUUGCCUUAUGAUUCGUCUGACGUGGAAUAUGUAGUUUCAGAUGAUGAAACAAUUCACAUAUUACAGGAACUAAAAUUGGAAAAUAUUAACAAUACUUCAGCAUCUCCUCUUGACAUUCUGUUCAGGGCAGAUGGCUCAUCUAGCCGUGAAGAUGUUGCAACGGGAGAAGGUUUGAGAGUGGACAGAGAGAAGCGUUCUAAUAGAAGAGGUAAUCAUAAGCCAUCUGAGGGUCGUCGUCACCUGAACAACAAAAGAAAGAACCGUGGUCCAUCUGUGGUUCAUUUAAAAGGAGCUGUGCCUGAUGUAUAUAUAGAGGAUGGAGGUAGUUUGGUAGCACCAUGGUAUGUGGACAAACAAGGAGCUGGUGACUUCUUGCUGUCAAAGUUUCAGAUGCGAGAAGGGAAUGGGGCAAUUCAAAUCUCAGAGCGGGGUCUGUACUAUAUCUAUGCUCAGGUGUAUUACUUAACGACAGAAUCGUCAAACAGUUUCGCCAUCAGACUCCGUGAAGAAGGGAAAUCUUCACCUGAAGAACUGGCUCUGUGCAGCGUGAAAGCGACGGGCAAUGGUGAGACAUCAGAAGUGAGCUGCUUCACCUCUGUAGUGCGAUUCCUCAACGCUACUGAUCGCUUGUUUGUCUGGCAGCGCGAGCGUAACCGUAGAGUUAUUCUUCGAGACGGUUGUACCUUUUUUGGUGUUGUUCAUCUUAACGGUAAGAGAGAUUGAUGUAUGAUAUGAGGUCUCUUUCACCAAGGUUGAUGUUGAUGUUUCCAGCAUUUGUAACUGAAGAAACUGACUGAACCACAAGUGUGGUGAGUUGUGAUCUAUAUAAUAUAUGAAAAUUGAUCAUGUGAGAAUUGACUCACAAUUGUGACUGAUCUGAACGUUUAUAAUUCAUAAUGUUGGUUUGAAUAAAGUCUUAGUUUUUGUGAAAAUUAUAAAAAUACUGUGUCAUAAUAAAUAUUUAUGUAUGUGAGAUGGGGUUAUCAAGGCUGUGAAGAUGUCACUGUUGGUCUCACAGGUAGUAAGACCGCGUGGACUUCUAGGUUGAUACCAACAUUUCAGAUGAAUAUUCAGCGUGUUCAUCUGAAAUGUUAGUAUCUACCUAGAAGUCUACGCGGAAGAUCAACAUUGAAACAUCGAUAUUAUUGUUAUAAAAACAGGACGGAGAUUAGGU